AUGUUUUAUUUAAUUGUAAUACUGAGUGUUACAAUUUCAUAAGCUUAUUAUGGAUUUGAAUAUUAUGCUGAAUGGUAAACAGGAAUAGAUAAUAGCAUAUUAAAAUAAGAUCAAUUUUUAUUUCCAACUUAUCCAAUGAGAUUUUAAAGUCAAGUGAUUUUUGCAAGAAGAUUUAGUGUGUAUUGUUUGCAUUCUAUAAUAUUUAAGUUCUCCAUAAGUACUAUUGAUGCAUGAAGAGAUUUAAUGGAGUAGAGGAAGAAAUAUUAAUUAUUAAACAUACGUUUCUGAUGUAACUUUAUUUGGGUUUAAUAUAAAUUAUGUAAUAUGGGGUCCAGCAAUCAUCCCAAUACUAAAAGUUAGAUGGGUGGCUCUUGUUGAUGAUUCAGUUGAAAUUUAAUAUGUUCAUUAUCAAGUUGAAGAUUUAAAUUAAUUGAGCUAAGGAUUUGGAGCUAGAUCAUAAGAUUUUAUGAUAUCAUAUUAUCCGCGAUAUCCAGCACCAAAAGUUACAGCAUUUAUUGUAGGAGCAGAUUUUGAAAUCUUUAAUUCUUUAUAUACUAGUGUUAGAAUUUAAAUGGGUACACCUACUGCAAAUAGUAUGGAUGUCAGAUUUCAAACUAGAGAUUAUUGUCAUGUGAGAUCUCUCUUUGUUGCUUAUUUUAUUUCAAAUAAUUACUUGACUUUAGCAGGAUCUGUUGGUGCUUAUUAUUCUACUUAUAAUCAAUUCCUUGAUAAUUCAAAUAGACAAACUAUUCGUGCAUAAAAGUUUUCUAGACUAGUUCCCUCAAUUUAUUCCUUAGAACCAGCUUAUAAUAUUUUGGCUCAAGGAAUAAGUGGAUUUGAUGUCCAUUCUUAUGCAGGGUCAGCAUAUCUUAGAGUUACUGCUGAAUCUAUGAUAAAUCAAUCAUAAAUUUAUACUCUUGUCUAUGGAACUAGUAUAAAUCAUUUUUAUUUAAGGGGGUGACACUGUGUUGACAUAUAUGUAAGCAAGUUAUAUAUUACAUCCUCCAGGAGUACCAUAUCAUUAUUAUUAUAAAAAUUAUGAUUGGAUAGUAACAAAGGAUGAUUAGAUAGUUCUUGAAGAGACCAUUGAUUAAGAGAGAAAAGUUAAUGAAUUAAAAAAAAAAUGA